AUUCUAUAUUUUAGCAACAAAGUAGAGGAGUUCAACGAUGGAUCUGCAAGUUUAUGCCCCGGAUGCACUGGAUGAAAUGGUUGCGCAAAUCCCGCCUACCCGGAACACCACUUUCUGUCUCGUUGAUCCGGACAAAUGAUCCGGACCAACUUUUAGUUCCUAAAACAGUGGCAUGAGAUUUAAAUGGCAUUUCACUUAAUAAAUAUAUUUUUACAUUGUUUACUGACUGCUUUUCAACUUUGAUUUUCAACCAAUCAAAUUCGGGUCCUGUAAAGAAACUGGCCAAUAAGAUUAGCUCCUGCAACAACCAUCCAAUGAUAAUCCGAUGUAGGGUCUUUUAAACGUGGUUUUAGGAAGUGUCGUUAAACACCAGGAAGUUGUAAACAAAGCUGACAGCUAUUGAGUUAGCUGUUAAGUAUAUCUGCAUGGAUCUCGAAAUAGCUGAAUAAAAAGGCGAUAUUCGUUAUUUUUAAAUAAUAAAACUAACCGGUUUCAAUGUAGCGGUCGUUCUGCGGUUGUUCCCCGGGUCCUGUUCCUCUUAGGUACCGUUACCUGUCUUCCGUUUUAGCGCUGAGGGGAGAAAAAACAAAACAACUACCGUUUUUGUCCGAGGACGUUAGACCAGUCGCCGUUGCCGCACCGAACAGUAAACGUUAAUCGUCUACUAUUUACCCGAUCCACACUGGUUUAACACCACCGGCUUGAACAGCGAGAGGGGUUUAUCUUUGUUAGCUAAACAAAAAUGUCCACGUCCAACGCCAGCUUUAAGAACAAAUGCGUGGCCCAGGUGAACUGCAUCUUCUGUGACAGCCUGUUGUGCACCAGGGGGAUGAAGGCUGUGCUUCUUGCAGACACCGAAGUUGAGCUCUUUUCCACGGAUAUACCUCCAAACAGAACUGUUGACUUUGUGGCCAGCUGCUACUCAACUGAGAGCUGCAAAUGCAAACUGAGGGACAUUGCAUGUCUCAAAUGUGGCAAUGUUGUGGGUUAUCAUGUGGUUGCCCCCUGCAAACCCUGCUUGCUGUCAUGUAACAACGGUCAUUUCUGGAUGUUCAACAGCGACGCUGUGUCCACUCUCAACAGACUUGAUGCUACGGGUCUGAAUCUGCUCCUUUGGGGAGAUCUUCCAGAGUUGGAUGACAGUGAAAACGAAGAAUCGGAAAGCCCGUCUGAGGAGGAGUGCAUUAGGUAGAGUGCAACACGGACAAUGUAAAAGGAACUUAGUGGAUGACAUUCAUUAACGGGUGAGGUGGAGCUGGAAGAGUGUACAGACUAUGCUGGGAGGAGACCAAAAAGAGAAGCAUUAAAGGGUAACUGAACACUGAAUCGCAUAAGGCUGAUAAGCUCUGCUGUAAUCCUCUGUGUGGGCUGUGACUGCAGCUUCUAAUCAUUCGUCAAACUGAUGCUGCAGCAGGUGUUUCGUCUUUGACGGAUAGCGGAGAACACCUGCUGUGACAUCAAUGGGGCGUGGCAGUGAAGCAGAGGUGCACCAAAGUUUUUGUUGAGUUACCCUUUAAGCUGUGACCAUGCCUUUCUCUUCUUUAAUUUACAAUGUUAAAGCACAGAUAAAAAAAAGAAGUAAUGAUAAUUUCUUUAGGGUAUUAUAAAAUAUGUAGCCGAGGAGAUUGGAGGACAUUCUUGCCUCUUACUUUUUGUUUAACUAUGAGUAAAGCAGAAGAAGCGACGAUAUAAGAUGGUGUUUAAUUUAGUUCAGACUCUGUGAAAGGAUGGCCACAGCUCACCCAGUUGUGUUCUGUACAGAUAACAUGCUGUGAUUGAGAGCUGUGUCUUAAAGGCCUAUAUGUGUUCUCGCUGUGUGGCUUGGUGCUGAAUGAAACCUCGAGUGCUUUUUGAAUCUCACAUAUUAGAGAAAUGGCACAAAUAUUAAAUGAUGUACACGUUCCUUGCUUU